AUGGAGCUGAGGCUGAGCGGUGGAGGGCCCGCCUCGAGCGGAGAAGCCCCGGUGACAGCUCAGGCAGGAUCGGUGACAGCCCCCGUGAGGCGGCCGGAGAGAGCAGGCGGGCAGCUCCGGAGAUCGGUGAUCAGAUCGGAGAUCCAGGGGAUCGAGGGUCGCCAUCGGGGGCUGGGGAAAAGCUCCUCGCUGCCGGCGGAGAUCGCGCGGAUCGCGGGCGCAGCCGCCGCCAUGGUCCUGCUCCAGACACUGUCGCUGCUGGUGCUGACCGCGGGGGCCCUCGGGGCCGGGACCCAGAUGGUUGGUGUGCAGGUGCCUACCCAAGUGCAGGGCUUCUUAGGCAAGUCUGUGACGCUGAGCUGCCGCCUGCAGCCUCCUCCGGGGGCCAGCAUCCAGAUGAGCCAAAUCACAUGGAUGAAGCAGGGUGCUGAGCAGAGCAUCGCCGUGUUCCAUCCCGUCCAGGGGUUCUUCUACCAGGAUCCGAAGAGAAUGAAGUUCCUGGCUGUCGAGCAGGGCACCAACCUGCCGGAUGCCUCUCUGGAGCUAUCCGCCUUAGGCAUUGAAGAUGAAGCUAACUAUACCUGCAGUUACGCUGUCUUCCCCCAGGGCAGCGGCAGCGCAAGCACAUGGCUGCAGGUGGUAGCUCCGCCCAAUAUCAGCGCCAGCGCCUUGCAGGCUCCGCCUCCGCUCUGCUGCGUGUCCAGCAGUGGGCACCCAACCACCUCUGCCCCGGCCGACUGCGUGUCGUGGGAGGCCUCUCUCUCCUCCACGCCUGCGCCGCCGCUGCGGGGGCCCUGCGUGUUCCCCUGGGAGCUCCCGGCGGGCUCUGCGCCUGCGCCGGUGCCGGUGGUGCAAUGCCAGGCCCACGGGGGGCGCCCGCCCGCCCGCCUCUCCUGGUCCACUCACCUGAACGGAACCACCACCAGCACCCGGGUGCCAGGACCCCAGCCCGGCACCGUUUCUGUCAUCAGCCUCUUCUCCGCGGUGCCCUCCAGCCGGGUGGAUGGCAAGGUGGUCACCUGCGUCGUGGAGCACCAGACCUUGGAGGAGCCGCUCCUGGUGCCCGUGAACGUGACCGCACACUAUCCCCCCGAGGUCUCCAUCACUGGCUAUGACUACAAUUGGUUUAUCGGGCGCCCCGAAGUCACCCUGAAUUGUCACAUCCAGAGCAACCCAAAGUACACGCACUUCAACUGGACCACGACCUCGGGGACGCUGCCCCGCUCCGCUCAGGUCCAGGGCACCCAGCUCCAUAUCACCAUCGUGGAUGAGGCCAUCAACACGACUUUCAUCUGCAGUGCCACCAACGCCAUGGGGACUGGCCAGGGAAAAGAGACCAUCAUCCUUGGAGAGAGACCCCCGGCCUCCAUGUCCCCCACGGUCAUUGUCAUCAUGGUUGUGGUCACAGUGCUUGCCUUGAUCCUGGGGCUUCUGCUGUACUUGAGGCAGCAGAAGCAUUGCCAACAGGCCUGCUCCCCACUGCAUGUCUGCUGUGUACCAGGUUGGCAACAGUCGGACACUCAUGCGAAUGGGGACGUUUCGCAUUCACCUGUAAGUGAGGAGGCCAUUCCUCUACGAGACACCACAAGCCAGCUCCCCGUGACAGCAUCACCAGCACCCCGCGACAGCGUCACCAGCCCCGACACCCCCCAACAUGUGCCUUGAAUGGAUAGACAGAUGCUGACCUGGGAGGCGGCCUGGCUGGUGGCCCUCUCCUCCUCCACAGCUCACAACCCAUCC